CAUCUGGUUCCGUCACUUUGGUUGGCCGUAGGGCGGACGGUGCGGUUGGCAGCCGGGGCGGGUUCGGCGGGCGAUUGAAGGAGACUCGAGGACGGGACCCCCUCCAGAGUCGUCGCCCCUCCCCGCUCCAUGCGCAAGAUGCUGCUGGCCGCUCUCUCCCGCGUGCUGCAGGGUCCGGCCGCCGCCGCCGGCAGGACGGGAGCUGUUAGUGAGGCCUCUCGAGUGAUGGUAGCAUCACGUAACUAUGCUGACUUUGCAAACGAAGCUACGUUUGAAAUUAAGCCGUGUGACCUCCAUCGCCUGGAAGAAGGCCCUCCUACCACUGCACUGCUGACACGAGAGGAGGGGCUUCAUUACUACAAGACAAUGCAGAUCAUACGGCGCAUGGAGCUGAAGUCUGACCAGCUUUACAAGCAGAAGAUUAUUCGUGGCUUCUGUCACUUAUAUGAUGGUCAGGAGGCUUGCUGCGUAGGGCUUGAAGCUGCCAUAAAGCCUACAGACCACGUGAUAACAGCAUACAGAGCUCACGGAUUUACUUAUGCCCGAGGCGUCCCCGUUCGAGAAAUUCUCGCUGAACUUACAGGUCGUAAAGGAGGAUGUGUGAAGGGAAAAGGAGGAUCAAUGCAUAUGUAUACCAAAAACUUCUAUGGUGGUAAUGGUAUUGUCGGUGCUCAGGUUCCUCUUGGAGCUGGGAUUGCGCUGGCCUGCAAAUACUUUGGCAAAAAUGAGGUCUGCCUGACUUUAUAUGGGGAUGGUGCAGCCAACCAGGGCCAGAUAUUUGAAACAUACAAUAUGGCAGCCUUGUGGAAGCUGCCUUGUAUUUUCAUCUGUGAGAACAAUCGGUAUGGAAUGGGAACCUCAGUUGAAAGAGCUGCAGCCAGUACUGACUACUACAAAAGAGGAGACUUCAUCCCAGGGCUUAGAGUGGAUGGCAUGGACGUUCUCUGUGUUCGAGAAGCAGCCAAGUUUGCAGCUGAGUACUGCAGAGCUGGAAAAGGUCCUAUUGUGAUGGAGUUGCAGACAUAUCGUUAUCAUGGCCACAGUAUGAGUGAUCCUGGCAUAAGCUAUCGCACUAGAGAAGAAAUUCAAGAAGUGAGAAGCAAAAGCGAUCCCAUUACUUUGCUGAAGGACAGAAUGAUCAACAAUAACCUUGCUAGCGUUGAAGAAUUAAAGGAAAUCGAUGUGGCAGUGAGAAAAGAGAUAGAGGAAGCUGCUCAGUUUGCUACCACUGACCCAGAGCCCCCACUGGAAGAACUCGGUAACCACAUUUACUUCAAUGAGCCGCCCUUUGAAGUGCGUGGUCCCAACCAGUGGAUAAAGUAUAAGUCUCUCAGCCAUUCGUAAGAGUGAGUGCAUUUACAAGAACUGUAAUGACUCAGAAACCUUAAUCUUUAUUUAACACCUCCUCUUUCAAAAGAAGAGGUGUUGAGUGAGGCAGUCCCCUCACAGUACAGAUUGUUUUAAACAUGCCUGAAUGUUGUUGCAGAAGGAGCUGAACAAUGAGAAAGCAGCAGUUUAUUUAAAUUGCUAUAUAUUUGCUUCACAGGUUUUCUUUGGAUUGCUGUAUUUGUCAUGUACAGUGUAAAAAUAAAAAGAAAUAAAAUUAAACUUUAACAACA